AUGUGGAGACCCCAGAUGGAGGAAGAAGAAGGCCCAUCCGACAGCCGUGCAGAGGCCAGAGGAGACUCAGAGGCCCUGCAAAGAGGCUCGGGAGUAGGAAAAUGGAACACCUGCGGGACCCCCGACUCCCUCACCCUGUUGGGAGGCCCUUGGGAAAGAAAACCUUCUUGCCGUCUGAAGUGGGAGAACCGAGAUGGCCCGGACGGUGCCUCACAACAGCUCCUCGGGAUCACGGCAAAUGGGAGACAGAGGUACCCGGGGCCCAGGCGGGACACCGGAGCUGAGGAGUGGCGGGGACACUCAGCUCUGCCAUCAGAAAGGCUUUCACUCGUCGUCGCUAGAGGAGCAGCCAGGACCUCGUCGGAUACAGACACGGGAUCACUCAGCCGCGGCGGAAAGGACGGAAGAGUCUCGUUCACAACCGAUAACGCCGAAGUACCAGAGUUACACGCCGGAACACCCGGGGAGCAGAAAAGCGGGCCGCGCCGCCUUCCCCGUCCCCGGAAGCCGGUUUGGGAGAAAGAGAGCAGGAGCCGGAGCCCGGGAGGAGGAGCCGCUUCCGUCUGCAGACGUACAGGACUCCCUAACGAUGGAGAUUUUUACUUCCCAGUCGCGGAAAAAGCCGACACUCAGAACAACAGAAGAGAUCAUUCAAUAGCCAACAAGGGGCUUUUCUACACGGUCACUGAGGCCCAGAGAAGUGAAGUGACUCGCCCAAAGUCCCACAGCAAAGUGGCGGAGCCGGCAUUUGAACCCGUGACCUCCGACUCCAAAGCCCGGGCUUCCCCCACUCGACUCUGCAGGCUCACGCCCCCCCGCCGGCCUGGGCUACGACCCCACCAGUGGACCCCUGGCCACAGCAGAGCCGCCACUGAGGUGAAGGAUCCAGCCGGGAGCGAUGGCGACGACUGGAACCCGGACUCCGCCCGGCUCUGACCUAACGGAGCAGGGGAGCGCCUGGCCAGGGGUGGAAAACAAGUGCGACCCAAAAGGUGAGGCCGAGCGAGUCAACGGGCUCGGCCCUGGUAUUUUCUGGUUUAAACCGACCUUUCCCAUUUGAUU